GACCAAAUACCAGGAAUGCCUACUAGAUUUUCCUAUGAGGAACUAACUGUUAUGACAGAAAAUUUCUAUAAGAAACUGGGGGAAGGAGGAUUUGGUUCUGUAUUUGAAGGAAUAAUGACCGAUGACACCAAAAUAGCAGUGAAGCUCCUCCAAAGUUUCAGUAAUAUAAAGAAAUCAUUCUUAGCUGAGGUAGCAACAAUAGGUAGCAUUCAGCAUGUCAAUCUCGUAAGACUUGUUGGAUUUUGUGCUGAGAAAUCACAUAGACUUCUGGUUUAUGAAUACAUGGCCAAUGGCCCUUUAGAUAGGUGGAUUUUUCACGGAAAGCAGGAACAAUCUCUCACAUGGAAUGUCAGGAAAAAAAUCAUAUCAGACGUCGCUAAGGGACUAGCUUACCUACAUGAAGACUGUAACAACAAAAUUAUCCAUUUGGAUAUUAAACCUCAGAACAUUCUUGUUGAUCAUAAUCUCAAUGCAAAAGUAUCAGAUUUCGGGUUAUCAAAGCUCGUGGGGAAAGAUGAAAGUAAGAUAGUUACAACAAUGCGAGGAACACCAGGCUAUUUAGCACCAGAAUGGUUGAACUCGGUCAUUACUGAGAAAGCGGAUGUUUAUAGCUUUGGGGUUGUGAUCUUGGAAAUCAUCUGUGGCCGAAAGAAUUUGGAUCGUCUUCAAGAUGAGGAUGAUAUGCAUUUGCUUAGUUUGUUCAAGAGAAAAGCAGAGGAGACACAACUCUUGGAAAUGGUGGACAAGAACAGUGAAGAUAUGCAGCUUAAUAGAGAAGAGGCUGUGGAUAUGAUGAAGAUUGCGGCAUGGUGUUUACAAAGUGAUUAUACUAAGAGGCCUUCCAUGUCAUUGGUUGUUAAGGUAUUGCAGGGUUUAGUGGCUGCUGAAACCGACUUGGAUUACACUUUCCCGUAUCCACCAAUGACUACAAGAGUUGCCGGAGCUAAUCAAGAAAGGGAAGCUGUGGUUGGUGUCAGUUUACCAUUUCCAUCACAACUGUCAGGACCUAGGUAA